UGAGAGGGCUAAGAGUGGCAAAGCCUCUGGCUCACUAUGGCAACAUGUGACAUCAUCUUUCAUUUGGCCCAAUGAAGUGACCUGCUUUGAUUGCAUCAGACUUAUCCCUGCCCCACCCCUUGGCGUGUGGCAGGUGUUUAAUCAGGUUCUCUUCAUCCUCAGCCUCGUUUUCCUCCCCCGUCGAAGACAUAGAGGACAUCGAAGACAUGGGCCUUCUCAGCUUCCUGUCUGCAGCCAAAGAACGUGGCGAGAGGUUCCUCAACGAAAAGAAUGUCGUCACUGACUUCCUGGGGAAGGUCGAGGAGAAGACGGGAGUCAAGAAGAAGAUCCUUGCGGCCGGUGUGGUUUCAGUGACGGGCUUAUACCUGGUCUAUGGUUACGGCGCUGCCCUGCUCUGCAACUUGAUCGGUUUCGUCUACCCGGCGUACUACUCCGUCAAAGCCAUCGAGAGUCCGAGCAAAGAAGACGACACAAAAUGGCUGACCUACUGGGUGGUCUACGGAGUCUUCAGUCUGGGCGAGUUCUUCUCUGACAUUUUCCUCUACUGGUUCCCCUUCUACUACGCCUUUAAGUGUUUGUUCCUGUUGUGGUGCAUGGCCCCCGUGGCCUGGAAUGGAUCCCAGGUCCUCUACGACCGUGUAGUCCGACCCAUUUUCCUCCGUCACGAAGCCGCCGUGGACAACAUGGUCAGCGACCUCAGUGGGAAGGCCAUGAGCGCAGCAGAGAACCUCACCAGGGAAGGUAUCAUGCGGGUCCACUCCCACCUAAAGCGUAAACCUGUCAGUCCAUUCAGGUCUAGACCGACCGGGUCAUUCCAGACCAGCCCAAACCAUUUCCACUUCAAGCUAGUACCGAUGAAUUCUGGCUCCGUAGAUCAGCCAAGGAAAGUUCACAAAAGCCCAUGAAACUUGAUGCCAGUAAAGACCACGGUGUCCCGGCAGUGUGCUUUUACAUCAAUUGGGGCAAGUCUGGAUCGGCACAGAACAGUCAAAGUGAGAGUGCGCAGGUCUCGAUCUGUAAAGACCAGUCGAGGCAAAUGCGCCGGAUGAAUAAAGUUGCCUUGUAUCAUAUUGUCUAAUUUCCAUGUGUUGUUUCCGCAGCAACUCACUUGCCAUCUUUGCGGGACAACUUUUUAGGACAGCGACUUCCUUUAGCCUUCUCACUCACAGAUUCCACUGGAUUCAUAUUCCCUCUUUUUUUGAAGGAUUCUAGAGAAACGCCUCCAUCUUGAGGAUCUGUAGUCAAGGUGAUCAGUUUAGGUAGGCAAUCAGUUUUUUGCCAGCCAGGAGCACCCUCAGCCUUUUCUUGACAAACAUUUGGAAAAGGUUUAUAUGGUUAGGGUUGCUACAGCCUGGGUCCAUUUUGUCCGAUACAAACCGGCACGCAUCAUCUCCACAUCAGACGGUCCUGUCCGUGCGUGCGCCAGUCGGGACCUGCACAGACUGCGUUGUUGCCAUCUGGUUCUCAAUUAAGCGAUGCUCACACAUCUAGACCUGCGUGGACUGCUGCUUUGCUCUGUACACUUCAGACCCGACUGGGCAAAUCCAUUACAGACGUGUCUAGACCAGUUUAGGGCAGUCCAGAUCAGUCCACAUUGGCUCCACGACCUGCUGUGCUCUGUUCACAGUUUUGUCCACCCUGGUGAAAAACAAAGCCUUGGUGUCGCCCGAAGUGAAAAGUCAGCCAAGUGCCUUCGGCGAAAGUUCCGUGAGAAAAAAACACACGUCUCCUCUGAGUGAAGAGCAAGAGGUGCGUACAGUCAAAG